AUGAAGGGAUUCGCGUUUCUCCUUACAUUGGCUUCGGCCGUUCAAGCCCACUACACUUUCCCUGCGCUGGUGGCUGGCGGCUCAAGCACAUCGAAGUGGCAGUAUGUACGAAAGACAACGAACUACCAGUCGAAUGGCCCCGUGACAGAUGUCUCUUCGAGUCAGUUUCGAUGCUACCAGCUUGCACCAGGCAACGAGGGGGCAGAGACAAUGACAGUUGCGGCUGGGUCAACCGUCGGAUUCACUGCCGAUGCCUCGGUAUCCCAUCCUGGAACUCUCCAAUUCUACAUGGCCAAGGUUCCCGCGGGAAAGACUGCAGCUACUUGGGAUGGUGAUGGCAGUGUCUGGUUCAAGAUUUUCUCACAAGGGCCAAACAUCGCAGCCAGCGGGUUAACUUGGCCAAGUCAAGGGGCAAAACAAGUCACAGCCAAGAUCCCAGAGUGCCUGGCUCCAGGAGACUACCUUCUCCGAGUUGAGCAUAUCGCUCUUCACAGUGCAAGUGCAGCGGGCGGUGCUCAAUUUUAUAUCUCUUGUGCGCAACUCACUGUCACUGGCGGCGGGUCCAAGACUUUCUCCGGGGUCUCAUUCCCUGGUGCUUAUCAGGCGACUGAUCCAGGUAUUAUGCUAAAUAUCUACUACCCAGUGCCAAAGAGCUAUACAGCUCCAGGACCAGCCGUGGUUUCAUGUUAA